AUGGCAGCCAUGAACGAAGCCUCGCCGCUCGUGCCGGCCAAGUCGGCGCCUCUCAACGAAGGCGCGCUGCGCGCCAAGACCAAGCUGCAGUGGGCCUGCCUCUUCGCGCUCGUCUUCAUGUUUGCCGAAGUCGUCGGUGGCUUCAUGGCCGGCUCGCUCGCCAUCAUGACGGAC